GCGCUGGCGCCGGCCGCAGCGCCCUGCCCAGCUCCCCGCCGGCUGCUGAGCCCCCGCCAGCAGGAGCCGCCCUCCCGUGGGACCAGCACCCUCAUCUGGGCCAGGCCAGCCUGAAUCCUGCCCCUGCCAUCUCGUCACUGCAGCUCGGUCCAGAAAGGCACCAUUUUGUCGCGGCUGCCCGCUCUCCCAGGGGGAGGAGGGAUCUUUUUUGCAUUUUGGAGCGGCUGCCAACGAGGGGAACCUGUUGGGCAUCUCCCUAGCCCCGCUUGUGAGCGCCUCCGGGACGGCGGGUGGGACCAGACCCCUCGGGGCACGGCGCAUCUUGGCACCCGGAGGGAGCGGAGGCAGGCACAGCAUCCUCGCUGGGAAUUGGAGCUGGAGUGAGCGCACCGCGGGAGGAGCCGCCGCCGCAGCCUCGGAGAUCCCGAGUGGAGGAGGUGACAGCUCCAUUGCCGGGUUUUUAUUUUUUUUCUCUCUCCGCCUCCCCGUCUCCUCCUCAGGCUCGGACCAUGGUGCAGUCCCACUGGCUCCCCUGCCCCCCUCUCCUGUGACACUGGCUGCGGGGAGGGAUCAUGGAUACUUGUCUGCCGGCUUCUGGUUCCCACGCAAGUAAGCCUGCUGUCAAUGGAGGAGGACAUUGAUACCCGCAAAAUCAACAACAGUUUCCUGCGCGACCACAGCUAUGCGACCGAAGCUGACAUCAUCUCUGCGGUAGAAUUCAACCACACGGGAGAAUUACUAGCGACAGGGGACAAGGGGGGUCGGGUUGUAAUAUUUCAACGAGAGCAGGAGAGUAAAAAUCAGGUCCAUCGCAGGGGUGAAUACAAUGUUUACAGCACAUUCCAGAGCCAUGAACCCGAGUUCGAUUACCUGAAGAGUUUAGAAAUCGAAGAAAAAAUCAAUAAAAUAAGAUGGCUCCCUCAGCAGAAUGCAGCCUACUUCCUUCUGUCUACUAAUGAUAAAACUGUGAAGCUGUGGAAAGUCAGCGAGCGUGAUAAGAGGCCAGAAGGCUACAAUCUGAAAGAUGAGGAGGGCCGGCUGCGGGAUCCUGCCACCAUCACAACCUUGCGGGUGCCUGUCCUGAGACCCAUGGACCUGAUGGUGGAGGCCACCCCGCGAAGAGUAUUUGCCAAUGCACACACAUACCACAUCAACUCCAUAUCCGUCAACAGCGACUAUGAAACCUACAUGUCAGCUGACGACCUGAGGAUUAACCUGUGGAACUUUGAAAUAACCAAUCAAAGUUUUAACAUCGUGGACAUCAAGCCCGCCAACAUGGAGGAGCUCACCGAGGUGAUCACGGCGGCCGAGUUCCACCCCCAUCACUGCAACACCUUCGUGUACAGCAGCAGCAAAGGGACAAUCCGGCUGUGCGACAUGCGGGCGUCGGCCCUGUGUGACAGGCACACUAAAUUUUUUGAAGAGCCGGAAGAUCCAAGCAACAGGUCGUUUUUCUCUGAAAUUAUCUCUUCGAUUUCGGAUGUGAAGUUCAGCCACAGUGGGAGGUAUAUCAUGACCAGAGACUAUCUGACCGUCAAAGUUUGGGAUCUCAACAUGGAAAACCGCCCCAUCGAGACUUACCAGGUUCACGACUACCUCCGCAGCAAGCUGUGCUCCCUCUAUGAAAAUGACUGCAUUUUUGAUAAAUUUGAGUGCGUGUGGAAUGGGUCAGACAGUGUCAUCAUGACGGGCUCCUACAACAACUUCUUCAGGAUGUUUGACCGAAACACCAAGCGUGACGUCACCCUCGAGGCCUCAAGGGAAAACAGCAAACCCCGGGCGAUCCUAAAGCCACGCAAGGUGUGCGUGGGGGGCAAGCGGAGGAAGGACGAGAUCAGUGUCGACAGCCUGGACUUUAGCAAAAAGAUCUUGCAUACAGCUUGGCACCCCUCAGAAAAUAUCAUAGCAGUGGCGGCUACAAACAACCUCUAUAUAUUCCAGGACAAGGUCAACUAGAAGGACGCGUUAGUACUUAAUAAUCUCACACACUGAAUACUAGUCAAAACACUUUUUAAAUGUUUCUUUGGGUGUUCGUUUGAUGCAGCGACAUUCAUUUCCCUACGCAGGAAACAACUGGAAUAGAACUCAUUGGAUUCCGACUUUCCCAAAUCCUCAGUUCUAAGAAACUUUUUGUCAAACCCAGUAGGUUCUGGGACACUCCUUCCUGUUUAGAAUUGAGAGCUGCCAGCUAACCGUAAUUCUUCCAUAGUUGACUUGAAUUUCUGAUGCUUUUAUUGCCCCGUUUUUCUCUGGUGGGUCCCGUGUUUUGUUUAUAGGUGUCUGCUGAGAUAAAAAUGAGGUUGUCUGUAGUAUUUAAAGAGAAAAGAGAUAAGUUUUUUUUUAAUUAAGCAAUUCCACUUGAUUGAAAAAAAUUCAACGAAAAAAUAAAACACCGUUUACUCU